AUGGGUUCCGCAACUUCCAAACCAGAGACCAAAGUAUUCACCCCAUCGACGCCUGUUGAUUUCAGUGCCUCUUUUUUGAGCCAAUUGGAGGGUUCCGCUGAAUCUGAUUACUCCAGAGCACAACAUACUGAAAAGUACAUUCAAGAAAGAGUGGCUGCUGAAUUAUCCAAGUUAGAGCAAGAAACCAUCAAAAGAUUCCAGACCACCACCAGCGACUCGUUGUUGAAAGAUAAGGCCGACGACGUACCCAUUCCUUCCACCAACGACAAGAUCACAAAGUUGACUGCCCUCUUACAGGAGAACAUCAAGUUGGCCAAGGUCGAAGUGAGUGAUGACAUCAAGAGUGCCAGAGAAGAAGUGCUCAAAUGCUUGAAGGAAAACCAAGGCAAGACUUUGAACUGUUGGGACGAAGUAGAGAAGUUUAGAAAGUCGGUUAGGGAGUUGUAA